CAGUGCGUCAAAAUUUAUCGUCUACUGCCCAAAAAUAUGUUAAAUACUUUGGGCUCUGUCGGUAUAAAAGACAUGUGCGGUGAAGAACUAAAGAGACAUCAGGGUGACUUAAAAGUGUUAGAUCAACCGCGACUUUCUGGUUUAUGCGAUAACUUGGGUGGUUCUUUAAGUGGUCCGUUGAGCAACAGUAGUUCCAACGAUGGCGACAAACCUUCGAAGCAAAAGAGACAUCGGACCAGAUUCACGCCGGCACAACUCAACGAGCUGGAACGGUGCUUUUCGAAAACGCACUAUCCAGAUAUUUUUAUGAGAGAAGAAAUCGCCAUGAGGAUAGGGUUAACGGAAUCUCGUGUUCAAGUGUGGUUUCAAAACAGAAGGGCCAAAUGGAAGAAGCGUAAGAAGACCACCAACGUGUUCAGAACGCCUGGAGCAUUACUACCUUCCCAUGGUCUGCCACCAUUCGGAGCCAUGGGUGACAGUUUGUGUAGCUCCACUAUGUUUGGGGCGUCGGAUUCUAGAUGGGGCGUAGCUGGAAUGACAACAGGUCUUUCACAGCUAGGUCAAGGAGUAGCAACUUGUGGUUUUGGUCAAACGUUAGGACAACUUAAUCAAACUUCUAGCUUAGGUUCAACUUUACCCAUAACUAGCUCAGCGGCUAGUACCGUAUAUCAAGCUCAUUAUGGACUUAAUUCUUUAGGUGAUAGCAUGAUGACGUACUGUAAUAACGGCGGCGGCGGCGGGGGAACGAAUGCAGGAGGCGGCGGCGGAGGCGGCUCUCCACCCCCUCAGAUACCGUGUUCGAACGCCAACGUCACUCCGCCAGUGUCAUCAGGCACCUCCCCUAGCGGCGGGGAGCAAGAAGAGGACGUGUGGCGUGGCCAUAGCAUCGCGGCGCUUCGACGUCGAGCUUCAGAACUUAAUGCCGCUAUCCCUUCUUACCUACAAAUCAACUAUGACACACACAAUAAUGCAUCCGUUUAUUAAAUUUUAACAUUUUAUAUAAGGAGGGAUGUUAUGUUUAUUUUUUUUUUCUUGUUUUGUUUGUUAGUUUGAAAUGAAACACUUGGAUAUUGAAUAUUUGUUUGUAUAUUGUGUAUUUAUAUGUAAAACUACAAGAGUAUAAUCAAUCGUUUGUCUCUGGUAUUUGUAUUAGUUGGGACACAUAGGGGUUAUUUAACUUUUUGGUAGAGUCGCUUUCAUAAUAUUUUCACAAAUUGUAACAAUAUAUUGUGCCAUAAAUAGUUUCUUAUUCUAAGGGCCGGUAUUUCAAUGUCGCCUUAAGGUACAGAAUAACGUUAAGUCAUCCUUAAUACAAGUUUCACCAACUGAUCUCAAAAAUAAAUGGAUAAACAAAGAACGCUUCUAAUGCUGCUAAUUUACGAGGUCAAAAUCUAAACAAAAACAACUGACUGGGACAGCUGUGAGCGUGCGCAGUAGAUACAUGUAUUGUGUGUACACAAAAUCUGGCCAAUGAAAAUGAAGGAAUUUCAAAAUUUAGAACAGUUGUUCGAAUGAUAAGACACUGCGCAGGCGUUAGGCUGUUCCGGUGCAUAACUGUUCGUAGAAUAGUGACCCCAAAUUUUCGCACAAAUUUUGCCAAUCAAGCCUUAUGAAUUGUUUAUCCAUUUAUUUUUUAGAUCAGUGGUUUCACCGUAUACUUAUCAAAGUUUCCUUAAUUCAAGGUGAAUCUUAAGCAACCUGAAUGAAAUGAUUUCAAGUUUCCCUUAACGAUAAGGUUACCUUAGGUAAGUCUCGAUUUUAAGGUAACAUUGAAAUAGCGGCCCUAAUUCUCAUUAUAAGUACAAUAUAUCUAUUAAUUUUCUUAAUCCAAUAUCAGCUUCCUAAUUUUGUGCAUAACUAUGCAGGGUAUGACA